GAUUCUAGAAUCUGAUGGUCACUUACAACUAUGCCAUUCCGCGCGCUAUACUCAUGUCGCCAACGACUUUCUGUUUAUUUCGCGAAAGUGCAGAUUUAGACUACCUACACCUAUAUAACUAGGCGUUAUUUGUUCGGUUACGUUAAUUCUUAAAAUUUUUUACGAUGAAACUGUUUUCGAAAAAACUCUACCACGCGUUAAUAGCGGGUUUGUGUUGGACUAGUAAUUCGGCAUUCGCACGUGCCAAUUACGCCGAUGUUUCGUCAUCGAUUUCGAUGGACGACUCAGUUUCCUAUGACGAUUACGCGCAUAAGACCCCGAUGAACAAAAGCAAUGAUGACUUCGAAACAGGCGAGAAUUAUUUUGAACGUUAUGACCCUGAUGAAGAAAGCGUUGUCUUCGAUUCUGACGAAUACGAUUAUUACUCAAACGACGAUGACUUCACCCUGAACAAUACUGGAAAGGCAGAUAUGAAUGUGCCGCCACAUCUCCUUGGAAGAACGGGACUUCCGAUGGAUUUCGAUAGUUGGGAGAAUAUUCACGAUGCAAAAAGGCUUUUUGUUGAUAAAACCAGAUUUCUAACCAAUUUUGUGAAUUAUAGUAGUCAACUUUACUUCUUCGCCAAACCACGUCGUUUUGGGAAAACGUUAUUUCUUCAAACGACUCAAAGCUUUUUCGGUGGCGAAUGGAAUUAUUUUAAUGGAACAAACGUGUCUGAACUCGGAAACACGCCCGGUAGAAACGGAACAUGGAUAAAGUAUCCAGUGAUCUUCUUAGAUUUUGCUGGUGUGGAUACCGAUUUUGAAAGCAAUUUACCUGUGGAUGAAACUAUGCGUGAUCUACGUUCUGACAUAACAGCACAUUUACGGGAUGCAGCCGGAAAAUUGCUAAUAGACACCACUUCAUACAAAAAGCUUUCAAUUUACCGCCUGAUUGCACUGGCAUAUCAAAAAUUCAACCUCCCAGUUGUAAUUCUGAUUGACGAAUACGACGAUAUUAUAACCUUAGCCCAGAAUACUUUCAACAAACUCCUCCUGAAUAGGAUAUUGAUAUAUGUAGAGACAUUUUAUAAGCAGAUUAAAAGUGCUGCUGCUAAAAAAAUGGUAAAAUUAGCACUCGUAACAGGGGUCCAUAAAUUUGCAAUCAACUCGUUGCAAAGUGGCCCCAACAGUUUUGUGGACAUAUCCUGGAGCGACGACUUUUCAACAUCCAUUGGCUUUACAAAAGAAGAAAUAGAAACAACCUUCAAAGCUAAUAUAGCAGAAUUUGCCGCUCGCCUGAAUCAGACGCCAACAUACAUUAUGAAGCGUAUGAGGGCGUGGUACGACGGGUAUCAUUUUGGCCGCAAUGUCUCUAACAGGAAUCAUAACGUGUAUAAUCCCAUAUCGGUAAUCAACGCGUUAAAAAAAUUCAAGUUCGAUAGUCAUUGGUGUGGCACCUUGACGUCGGAUUAUAUUGUUAGAAAAAUGUACGAAAUCCCGUUAAGUUUAAAACAUUUUAAAAAUUAUACUUUGAAGAAUUUCGAUUUGGAAUAUAAAUAUGACGCACUUCAGAAAAUCCCUCUCAGGCAGUAUAUGUUGCAAACGGGGUAUCUAAGAAUGAUAUCUUACGACGAAGACGAACAUAUUGCAAUUUUGAAUUUCCCUAAUCGUGAGAUUCGAAAACAUUUGCAAAAAGAAAUAGAUAACUUCAGGCCGACUAUUGAUUUGAAGGAAGAAUCCGAAGCCCUUGAUAAACUAACUGAACGUUUGAGGCAUUGCCCCCCAGAUAUUCCAACGGUUGUCGAAAUUCUGAACAUGCUGGGCUUUCCAAAUUUCAAGGGUCCGUUGAGCAACAAAGCUUCCGAGUACGAAGUAACUCGACGUAUUCAUACGAUUUUCAACAAAACCGAAAUCAAGUUUGACAACGCCAUUCUGCAAAAUCAAAAAACCAAUGCUGGUACAACAACAUGCGGAAAAAAAAUAAAGAGAACUCGUGAACCCUGCGAUGAAAACGACGACGAUAAUGGUAAUCCCCAAGGUGACAUAGACUUCUUCACGACCUCCUUGCAUCCUAACUUAGUUGUAGAAAUUAAAGUUGACAAUCAAACAAAGUUAGGCUACGAACAACUGUUAAGAUACUACAUAAACCAUUACGACUUAUUUCGAAGCACCGUAAAAUUUCAAAGCAGAAUAAACCUUUUGGUACUCUACUUUCACAAAGGAAAGAAUAAUCAAAUUUACUCAUGGGUGUUUAUACCGUGUAAAAAUCGUAAAAUUAUAAUAAACAAGAUCGACGCGGCCAACAGCACAUUGGCGAGCGAUGUGCGGGAGUAUAUUAAGAAUGAAUCGAUAAAUAAGAAAAUUUCCCUUGAAACGCAAGAAGUAUAUAAUGGUGACUUUCCUGCCUUCGACCUGCUACAAGCAGCAAAUAAGAACGAUCGAAAGAAACAGCCGCGCAAACGAAAACCUAAUUUCACGAGUAGUUAUCCACUUGAUGACGUUAAGAGAAAAAUAUUCUCGUACAUCUAAAAACCUUAGAAUUAUGUUAAAUAUUAUUGGCUACGAAUUUAUUACGUUUUUCUGUUUAUUCUAAAAUAUUAUUUUGGUUUACGUUUCACUUGUUCUCUGGAAGUUCGAAUAUACUUACAUACGUUUUGCUUGA